UCACAUGACACCAGAUCAGCUGAUCACCGCAGACGGAGAGUGCGACAAGAUCACGACCAUCGCUGCAAUAAACCCCGCGCAGAGGACGACAGAGACCCGUCACCGAAGAGCAGCAAAGAGCGCUUAAAAACCCCAUCGACACACGGAUCAUCGAGCGGAGAGUUGAUUCCCAGAGGCAGAGAAGAUGUCGGGGAAGGACCGGAUCGACAUUUUCCCCUCCAGGAUGGCUCAGACCAUCAUGAAGGCCCGGAUGAAAGGGGCCCAGACGGGUCGCAACCUGCUCAAGAAGAAGUCCGACGCUCUGUCCAUGCGUUUCCGUCAGAUCCUGCGCAAGAUCAUUGAAACAAAAACCAAAAUGGGGGAGGUGAUGAGGGAGGCGGCCUUCUCCCUGGCAGAAGCCAAAUUUGCAGCCGGAGACUUCAGCACCACAGUGAUCCAGAACGUCAACAAAGCUCAGGUGAAGGUCCGAGCCAAGAAGGACAACGUGGCAGGCGUGACUCUCCCGGUGUUCGAGCACUACCAGGAGGGCAGCGACAGCUAUGAGCUUACCGGUCUGGCCAGAGGAGGAGAGCAGCUGUCCAGGUUGAAGAGGAACUACGCCCGGGCCGUGGAGCUGCUGGUGGAGUUGGCCUCCCUGCAGACGUCGUUCGUGACUCUGGAUGAAGCCAUCAAGAUCACCAACCGUCGUGUGAACGCCAUCGAGCACGUGAUCAUCCCUCGCAUCGACCGCACGCUCACCUACAUCAUCACGGAGCUGGACGAGAGAGAGAGGGAGGAGUUCUACAGGCUGAAGAAGAUCCAGGAGAAGAAGAAGCAGCUGCGAGAGAAGACGGAGCUGGAGAUCGCCGCCCGGCUGAAGAAGCUGGGGCCCAUCGCUGAGCCGGCCAACAUGCUGACGGAGGAGACGGACGAGGACCUGCUCUUCGAGUGACCCGCCUUGGCCCCUCCCCCGCCGCUGCUCAUAUUUAUUCUGGACCCGCCGGGCCCGGUCAAGUCGGUGUCAUCAGUGAUCAUGAGCCACUGUGAUGUUUGUCAACACAUUCCCCCUCCAUGUUGUGUUUGCACGCCGAGUGUGUGUGUGUGUGUGUGUGUGUGUGUAUCGUGGACGUCUGCUGCUGCUGCUGACAUCAUAUCUGGUGGCCCCGCCCCUUUACUGGAGUGUCAUGGAAGAUGACGUCGAAAUAAAUAUAUCGUCAGUACAGGUGUUGUGCUGUGUCCUUACUACUACUCCAGAUCAGUUUUCAGUUGUUUCAAUCUUUACUAUUUAGACCUUUAGUUUGAAUAUUUUAUCCACCUUUAUUUUCC